UCUGCAGAGCCGCCAGUGAGUGUCAGCCGAGCCGAGCAGAGCCGAGCAGAGCAGAGCAGAGCAGAGCAGAGCAUGGUGGCGCAGCAGGGCGGCAGGAGCAGGGUGUUGCUGCUGGGCUCGGGCCGGGACAGUCAGAGGAGCCAAACAGCCGGGUUCACACGUGUGACCCCUCCAAGUGUCGACAUGUUCGAUAACGCUCACUACCCCUUCAACUGCUUCAACUACGAUGGGGACGGAUACCCUUCCUCCAGCACGGACGAAGAGAAGAAAAUGUGUAGACCUGCGUACAGCUACAUCGCCCUGAUAGCCAUGGCGAUCCAGCAGAGCCCCGAGCAGCGCGUCACUCUGUCGGGCAUCUACGAGUUCAUCAUGAAGAGGUUCCCGUACUACCGCUCGAACCAGAGAGCCUGGCAGAACUCCAUCAGACACAACCUGUCUCUCAACAGCUGCUUCAUCAAGGUUCCUCGGACAGAGGGCAAUGAGAAGGGAAAGGGAAACUACUGGACUUUUGCCACUGGCUGUGAAUCCAUGCUCGACCUCUUUGAAAAUGGCAACUUUCGGCGUCGCCGGCGCCGGAGGAACAUGAAAAUCGGCCUCCGUGAUUCUGGAGAAACCCCCUUCCACCCGCUGGAGGGCCACAGCAAUCGGCACGCACCUGCAGCCGGGCACCCUGAAUCGGACUCCGCCCUCUGCCCUUUGAACCCUGACAGGCCGAGGCCGGUUCCGCAGCAGAAUCACCUCAUCGCAAAUCCCACCCAGCCGGGGAAACCGGAAUCUGAGAUCAAGUUUAGCAUCGACUACAUCCUCUCCACUCCGGACCCGCCCCUGCCUGGGUUCAGAUCCUCCCACGGCCCCGUGCACAUAGGGCCCACCGGGCCCCCUGUACAUGUUCUGGAGUCCCAACACCUGAACCUGCACUUCUGGACUCUGUGAAAAAAAACAAGAUGAAAGGAAAGAAGAGACUGAAUUGGUUCCUUGGCCAAAAAACUGGGAAGCUUAAGCGCGUCCACAGACAAGAGAAGUUCCACAAGAGGAAUUAAUGCUGACUUUAAAAUAAAAAUGUGGAGCAAAAUAAAAAGGUACAGUAUAGUGUGAUGGAUUCUAGAUGGAAAAAAAAGUCCUCACGCUGUCAGAGAUCAAAUGUGAACAAUACAGUACAGUGUUCAUGUUGUCAUUUAAUUGUUUGUGCAGUGUCCAGUGCUGACAUAGACUAGGUUUACAGUAUUCUCUCUAUAUAUAAAUAUAUGUAUAUACCCAGGAGCUGUGAGCAUUUAAAUAAGAUGUGAUUAGAGGUACUUGAAGCAUCAGAUUGAGUAAAAUGAAACUCCAUUUGUUGGAUCUGUCGAAUUUCAACUGUUUUUUCUUCAUAAAAGGAGAAUUUAUGUUCA